AUGAGCGGCAGAGGGAGGUCACGAAAGGCAAAGAGUCCUGACUCCAAUAAUGUCACUAGAUAUAAAGAAGAAAAACAAGAGCCUCCAACGAGAUGUCCACCUUUUACAGAAAAGAAGCAGAAGGAAACCACAGAGACUAAAAAUGCACAGGAUGAGAAAAAAACAAACAGCACUGACGAGAAGCCAUCUGCACGCAACACCAGCAAAAAGAAGACCACAAACCAUGACAAAGUGGAGACCAACAAGCAGAAGGGAGUGCCUAAAGACACAACAAAGGCUAAAGCCAGUUCUACAAGGACCAAACCCAAAGAAAAAUCUGCAGGGGAGACUGAGAAUAUACUGCCUGACAUGCCUAAGGAACAAGCAAAAAAUGCUAAAACAAGACACGCUAGCAGGGCCAAAUCUGCAGAGAAGGCAGAGAGUCCUAACUCUAUGCCUGCCAAGAAUGCAACUAGACAUAAAGAAAUCAAACAAGAGCCUCCAGUGAGUUAUCCAGCCUUUACAGAGGAGAAGCAGGAUGAAACCAUGAAGAAUCAAAAGGUAAAGGACAAGAAAAAGCUAAAGGACACUGAUGAGAAACCAUCUGCACAGAAAACCAGAAAAACAAAGACCGUUAACCACGACACUGAGGAGGACAAUGAGCAGCAUGGCUUGUCAACCGGAACAAAGGCUAAAAUCUGUUCCACAAAGAGUAAAACAAGAGAUAAAUCUACAGGGGAGGCUAAGAACACAUCACCAAACAUGCCUGGCAAUGCUGAAUUCCCAGAAGAAUCUGCAGAGAAAAGAAAAGUUCAGCUGGAAAGACUUGAAGAAACACAAACACCUCGAGAAGAGAAAGGCAACUCUCUCCUUAAUAACACACUGCGCAGUUUGAGAAUUAGGAAAAUGGCUAGAUCAAAUACGUCAGAAGUUGUUAAUGUAAUCACAGCAUAUAUAAUCAAGCAUUUAAGAAAAACCAAAAGCUUUCAAGAUGUAGACGUACUUCGCACCGGAAGUUAUUAUGAAAACGUGAAGAUUUCUGAUCCUGAUGAGUUUGACGUCAUGCUGUGCAUCCCGAUUGAUCGAGUUCAAAUUGAAGCAUUUGGAGAGGAUGGAGCCUUUUACAGUGUGGCGCUAAAACGUGGAAAUAAUCCCCUGGAGAAAUUCCAGAAGGGUGACGUUUUAUCUGCCAGUGAAAUGCUCAAAGAGUUCAGGGAGGAGGUGAAGAAAUGUCUCAAGGAAUUUACAGACUGGUCGAUGGAGAGAAAGAAAAAAGGCUGCCCUGCAGUAACUAUAACCACAACAGUGGAAUCAAUUCCCAUUUCCCUGGAUGUUGUCCUCUGUCUUGAGGUUAAGUCAAGCUGGCCGAAUUUCACUAACGAUGGUCUUAAAAUAGAGAAGUGGCUUGGGACUAAAGUAAAACGGGACUACAAACUAAUGCCAUACUACCUCGUUCCAAAAUACGAAGGAACAGGCACAAAGGAAAAAGACGGGGUCCGUGCAAAAGAUGUUUGGCGGGUUUCAUUCUCUCAUAUUGAGAAGGCCAUUCUAAAGAAUCAUGGAUCGGAGAAGACGUGCUGUGAAAGAGAAGGCCAAGGCUGCUGCAGGAAGGACUGUCUGAAGCUUCUGAAGCAUCUUUUGCAUCUGCUGAAGAAAAAGAACGGGAUAAAAUUUGACAAGUUCUGCUCCUAUCAUGUCAAAACUACACUCUUACACGCCUGCUGCUCCAGACCUAAGGACAGCGACUGGAAGGCCUCAGAGCUGAACCCCUGCUUCCAGCUGCUCCUGCAGGACUUUGAAGAGUCCCUGAAAAAGGGUGAACUCUACAACUUCUUCAUCCCCAGUCAGAACCUGUUGUCUGGCCCUAGUACGAAAAUGUGCAAAGAGCUGGCCGACUACAUCAACAAGCAGUGUGAAGAAGGCUUUCCUAUAUUUGAGGAAGAGCUUAGAAAAUAAGUUGCUUGUGUUUUUGACACAUCAUUCAAGUGAAGUUAGAAAGUUUGUUUUUAGUGGGAUACAAACGUUCUUGAUUUCAUACCACUAACAUUAUCAGUGAUUUGCAAACACUCAGUUAAAUUAAAUCUAAGUUAAAGACCCACCUGUUCUCUGCUGCAUUUCAACAGUUUUUAUUUAGAGUCCAGAUCUGCAUCUGGUUCUUUUAAGCUGGAAUCUUUAAACUUGAUCAUAUUUUAAUA